AUGAAUAAGUUAGAUUAAAUUAUAUAGAAGUAGUCUGAGUAUAAUUUAAAUCUAUCAAAGAAAUCUAAUAAUUUAUUCAAGCAGUGUGAAGAAAUGAUGGAUGAUGGUAUUGGAAUGACUAAGGAUAACCUUGAAUAGAUUAAUAGGAUAUAAGAUUAAACAAAUAGCAAGUUAAAUGAUUAAAUGAAUUAAACUCAUAAAAGUCUUUCAUAGUAAAUUACUAGAGAUCAUAGCCAAUUAUAUAGCAACAUUUAAGGCAAUGAAAAUUUGGAUAAGAUUUAGCAAUAGUUGAUUAAAAACUAAGUAAAGGUAGAUUAUUCUAAAAGUGCUCCUGGGCAACAGGGUAAUGAAAAUGAAGUAACAGCAACAAUUGUAGUUGGAAUAUUUGGUUAAUAAGUCGACGGAUAAUUGAUUGAUGAAACUAUGCUCGAAUUUUUCCCUCCGAUACAGUAAGAACAUGAGUAGCAAGAAGUGGUUCCCGAGGAUAUUUUCUUAGAAAUUCCAGAAAUUCCAAGUUUUAAAAAUAAUAGGAUUAAGCCAUAAUUGAUAUCUUUGAGCAAAGAUAAGAAUGAGAGAACUCAAGUUUACCAUCAAUUAGUAUUCAAGGAUAAAGGAGGUUGUUAGUUCGUGAAUUAUAAUCAAAGAAUUAAUGGCAAAUAUUAAUAGAAAAGACUUAUGCUUGAUAUCAAUCCAAAGAUUGUCUUAUAAACCUCGGACUUCUAUAUCUUUGGCUCGGUAUUCGAAAUUCAAAAGUAUGAUCUCAACAAUCAACGAAAAUCAAGAAAUAUUAUCAAGUUAGGUGACUUGCUGACUAAGAUGAUUUUGCUUGGAGACGAUUAUCUUUUAUGCUCUUUAACAGACUGUAAGAUGGAACUAAUUAGCAUCAAACAAGAGAGCAUUUUAAAUAAGAUACAGCUACCUGAUGCUAAUUCUGUUUAGGAUCUAUCACAGAUUUCCUCUAAUGGAGAUGAUAUCUGCUUUGCUAUAGGACUCAACUGCACAGGGCUGAAUAAAACUUAUAGUUUGAUAAUUAUGAGUCUUAAAAAAUCUAAUGAAGAACUCGCUAUAUCCAAUGUUCCAAAUCAAUCCUACUUCUUAGGGAAAUCAAUUAACGCCUUGGCUACUAUAAAUGAAUCAUUGCUUCUUCUAUGUAUCUUUUAAGAGCUUCAUCUUAAGUUAUUUGAUAGAAUAUCUGGUUAAACUCUUAGAGAAAUUAAAAAUUAUGCAACUGAUUAUAACUACUGCUACUACGAACUAAUUGGCAAUGGUUGA